GGUUUAAGAAUGAGGUGCGACACACACACACACACACACACACACACUCUCACUCACACUGCAACACACACAGAGACACGCUCCGUACCACACAAAUGCCCCAACACACACACACUCCGCUCUGUAAAUCUUCUCAGAGAGGAAAAAAGAGAGGAAAAGAUGGAUACAACAUCAUGGCUGUGUUGAAGAUUCCCACUGGGACGUUUCUGUUCAUCCUCAUCCUCAGUGCCUUCAUCACAGACACAGAAACAGCACGAUGCUGCUUUUCCUACACACGGAGGCCUGUUCGCUGCGCCCGGCUGCUGGGCUACUUCAUCCAGGAAAUCACCGGAAACUGUGACAUCAGAGCUAUAAUUUUUAAGACCCGGGAUGAGAGACUCAUCUGCGCCGAUCCCAGAAUGGAGUGGACUCAAGAGAGGAUCACGUGUCUGUGGGAAAAGGCUGGAACGAUGGAAUAUUGGAAGAACGGAAUGAAUGAAGGAUGGAUGAAACUAGCGUGACAUCUUGUUUAGGAAAAAUCCACCCUGAACAAUUUGCAUAUUAAUCUUCAUAAUUAAUUAAUAAUUAAUUAUAAUAAUUAAUAUUUAAUAAUGAAUAUGUUUAAUAUGGAUUUAUUCUGUAAUGAAAUUGUGAGGUUUUCAGUUUAACCCUUUCAGGCCAGUCUAGAUGCAGAGUGUUUCCUGUAAGUCUAUUAUUCAAAAUAAAUGAAUUAAUGAUUUUAUAUAAACAUAUUUAUACUCAUUUGCAUUUAAACAUUGCAUUUGCUUUUGCUAUUCCUGCAAUACCUUUAUUUUUGUACGUGUUUAAUAUGUUCACAUGUAACAUGUGAUUUAAAUAAUACAAAUAACUAAAAUAAAUAUAAACAAUACACUGCAUUUUAAACUCAUUUAUUCAUGAAUCAGUUCAACGUAUUUCACUUACGGUUUCCUACAUUACCCACAAUGCCCUGCACUCCAUGACUCCAUCAACUCCAUCAGCUCCAUCAUUCCAUCACUCCAUCAACUCCAUCACUCCAUCAACUC